GGCCUCGCAAUCGAACCGUUGCGUUGUAGGUCCAUCGGUCAGGAAAACAAUCCCUUCGAUUGCGUGUCUGAAAAUCGUUCUUCCACGAGCUACCUUACACACGCGCAUAGAGGGAAGGGUUGGGGAUGGUAGCGGUGGUAGAAUAAGGGCAGAAGAGCGAGGUUGGUGAGACGGGAAGCGAGAGAGAACGGGGAGAAUGUACGCGCAGCGUCGGUUUAACGACGAGCGUCGUCGUGUCGGUUCAGUAGGCAUCGCGACGUGCUGGCGUCCGUAGCGCGCACUCUCCGGCCCUGACUCGAACUGGGUCAACCCCUCGAACGAACCAGCCCGCGAUACUGUUUGCCCCGCGAGACCACCGACACCGAGGCCAGUUGCGAGGCGCGCGCGUUACACCGAACACGCUUUACUACCAUACGCGCCGCCAUCCCUCUAAUCUUUUCCUAUUAUACUCUACUUCAGAUUUUAUUUUAUUUUUUCUUCUUCUUCCUUAUAUCUAUAAUCUUACGCCGGUGAUGCGGCGAUAAGAAGCGAGUCGGUAAAGGUGGGACUCGAUGUGACCGAAUUCGAUAAGAUUUAUUCGAACGAACGCCUUUCGGGGCUCGGGCAAGGUGAACUCGACGCGACUCGAUUCAACACGGUUCAAUUCCACGCGAAUCGACAAAUUUCAGGCUGACUCGACUUGGUUUAAAUUCGAUUAGCUGCAGUUUGUUUCGGGCAAUCGAAGGAUCGGUGGGUGAUCAAUGUGUCCGAGUUGGUGAAAUUGCCGAGGAAGGAUACGAGAUUUUAUAAUUCGAAUUCGAACAGUGUGACUCGAGUUGGUGUAUUUUUUUUUUUUCUUUUUUCUCGAAGACACACUUUCGAGGAUCGUUGAGAAACUGGGUUAAAGAGGGUUGAUAGGUUGUUGUGCUACCGGGGGUGGUUCGAUCGUUGAACGAAUAGUUGUUUCUUUUUGGAGACCUGGUCAAGGACGCGCGGAAGAGAAAUUGUAGUUGGAUGAAAAAUUUUCUGUCAUCCGUAAAAUUGGGCUACGUUCGGAAAAGCGGAAUGUGAUGCGUGAAAAGAUUCUGAACAGGUGUCAUGCACAGUGGUUUCUCUGUGACUCUUUUCCCUCGUCGUUUCUUCUUUCGCAACGUCGAUGAAAAGUAGUGUUCCCUUCGGUUUUGUCUCAUCUCGAGCACGUCGUUCCGACUAAUAGAUCCGAGAGAUGGAAGAGAUUUCACGGUAUUAAAAAUGAUUCGGUGGAUUCUGCGUGGAUUGUGCCACGGAAAUUCGAGCAAUCUUUCUGAUGGAAGAACCGCUGACAAACUACUUUCAAUCAACGAGAGAAUACACCACGGUGCAUUUUCAGAUUGUCUUUCUUCUUCUUUCAUUCUUUUUUCAUUCUUUCCACGAGAAAAAGCAGGAAUUCGUCUUGGAGAAUUUAUCAUCUUACAUUAUUCUUUCCAUUAGAUAAUUGUUCGUACGAUUGAUUCGUUAAUUCUCUGCUGAAUUAUUAAACGAACGAUAUCUUAUAACGAUAGAAUAUUCAUUUUUACAAUUUUUCACAAUUUUCUUCAAACUCCAAUCACUCUUUCCUAGAAUUUCUUCCAUAUCCCUGAAUUUUCUCCGGAAUGUUUCGUUCAUCCCCGUCGUGUCUGCAACAACCAUUGUCCUCUUGAAUGAUUUGAGUGGAAAGAAAAAGAAAAAGAAUAAGAGAACAAUCUGAGGAUGGUCUAGCUGACGUUGCGAAAGGAACAAACGUUUACGAUAAACGCGAGGAAAAGUCAAGAUGGUCGAGGAGGAAUCGUAAGCUGUGAAAUGGAACAAUCGAGCACCGAAGGAUCGAGGGUGAUUAUUGUCAAAGACAAACGGCAGGCCGAUCUCGAAGGAAUUCUCGCUUCAAAGGACAACCCUCUUGCAGAAAUUCCUCGAGUAUUCUCUCUUGAUCAACGACCGACAAGUGGUCUCGUUGUCUUUAUGCCCUUCCAAAGCUUCCAAAGCUGAAACGCUCGUCCUUUUUCACAUUCCUUGGUCAAGCUCGAAACAUAUUGAAAAAAGAGCAAAGGAAAAUCUAAUUACAAAAUAAAAGUAGACUUUAUUCUAUAAAAUAUUCUUCCAACAACUUUGCUUCCAUUUCAAAAUUAUUAAUAAUAAUAAUUAAAAAUGAAUACUCGAAGUGUAGGUACUUUGUUAACGAUAAAACAGGUAUCCGUGAAAAGAGCUGAAAGGAAGCAGGGUGAUUUAAUUAAACACUCGACUAAUUAUUCCAAGAAGUCGUCAGCUACGAAACACGAUUUAUUUGAAGGGAAAGGAAAAGGAAAAGGAAAAGGAAAAGGAAAAGGAAAAGGAAAAGAGAUGGGAAAAAUGGAAGAAAAGGGGGUCAACUUGGUGAAAAGAAGUUUCCGUCCUUGGAAGUGGAGGAGUCCUCGAGGCUCGAAUAGCCGCAACAUUCGACCAGCACUUGAGAAUUCUUUGAAACAACCAUCCCCCAUCGUGAAACAGCUCGGCUCAGCUCAGCCCGACUCGUCUUUCUCGUCUUCUUCACCCCGAGCUAAAUACUAACGACUCUCCUUGCGGCUCCGCUUUGCUGAAAAAGCAAGUUCAACUCGCGUCCUUGACCCGGUCGCGUGUUUAAGAUCCCGGAUCGAGUACGGAUUAAGCGACGUACUAUCCACCUACUCGGUGCUUUCCAAUGGAAUUGCAAACUGACGCGUAUCCACCUGACACGCCUACUGUUUCGCAAACUUUCCCUGAAUUCUUCCUUUUCAUUUCGGGGAAAAAUAAUUUCAAGCAAUCGUUGUUCCACAGAGGUAUUCUUCAUGAAUGCAGUUCGGUGGAGAUGAGAUGGACGAUCGUCGAGGACGUCUUAAUGAGUAGUAACGAAAACGUUUUCACGCGGAGGUCCGCGCAAAUAUUGUGCUACGAUCGAAAGAUGAACAGCGAAGAUUCGAUGGGCGUCGCGGUUCACCCUCGACACGAUUAAACACGCUUUCGAACCGGUCUCGGGGUGCUUUGAUCGCGAGCUAUGACGUUGUGCCGUGUGUUUUUGUGACGUGCUGCUUUCCUUACGAUAAGCUGAGGAAAGGAUCCUAUCGCCGAAAUUAUCGCAGAGAGUGUUCCAUGUUCCUGAAUCCUCCGAUCGACCGUUUGUGCGCGAAUAGUUGAUGACCGUCAGUGAUCUCGUGAAGUUUCCUUGUUGUUCCCCGUCGUUGUGAAAAUCGAAGAAAAGUGUCGUCGAACGAAGAAGGGUGCUGGUGUCCUCGGCAUGAAGGACACGCAUUGGCCGGUUUUCAUCUGCGUUCUCAUGGCGACGACGGUACUUUCCUGUCGGCAGAGCGAGUUCCAAUGCGGCAACGGCCGCUGCGUCGCCCAGAACAAGGUGUGCAACGUCGUCGACGACUGCGGCGACGGCAGCGACGAGCCUCGACAGUGUUCUCCUUGCAACAAGACUUAUUACGGCGACGUGGGGAAAACUUACGACCUGGAGCUUCAUCGACCAAAGGAGGAUAAGGUGCCUUACAUUUGCAAGCUCACCUUUAGCGCACCGGGUGGCGAUUUCGGCGACAUCGUUCAGUUGACGUUCGACAGCUUCACCCUGGGGAAAUUCGUGUCGUUCACAGCGGAGGGAUGCCCGGACGGGUCGCUGCAAAUUUCGGAGGCCCAGCGACCGGACGUUGGCGGCCUCUGGUGCGGAACAUCCUGGGGUCCUGCGAUUUACUACAGCGAGACACCAACCGUUUCUAUCACGUUGAAGCUGCUCCGACUCAGCAAGGAUCAGAAGGGAUUCAAUUUUGACUUCAGGAUGGCGUACAAAAUGAUUAGGAAGUCCGAUGCCGUGGUGCGCUACGGGAAUCCCUUCGUUGGAAUGACGCAAGCAACGGGAACGCCGUCGUCGACCGAGCCGACGUCAGCGUCUUCGUCGUCGAGCGAAUACGCGAACAGUUCGAUGGCUAUGCCUAUGCAGAUGGUGGAACAGCCAUCAACCAGCCCGAAACCGAGCAGCGAGCAAUACCUCGGAGACCUGAUAUCCGGUACAUACUGUUCGCGCAUAUUCAGCGACUGCGACCGGAAGAAGUGCAGGCUCCAGUCGCCCAACUUUCCCGGCCUCUACCCGCGCAAUCUCACCUGCUACUACGCGGUGAGGCAGCACGAUGUACCACCAGGGAAACACGCCUUAAUUUCGGUGAAACAACCUCGGGGUCAAUUGGUUGCCAUUAGGGCACGGGCAGCCACCCAGGCGGAAUCAUCGCCCCGUGAACUUCGCCUCUGGAAGGAUUGCGACGUGGUUCAGGAUUACGUGACCGUGUACGACGGCUACACCACCCGAGAUCCGGUGAUCCUGAAAUUUUGCGGAGGUGGAGAACCAGUGCCAGAGGCGACCAGCAGCGGAACGGAGAUCCUCGUCGAGUUCACCACGUCUCCUUACGGCACGUUUCUGCACCCCACACCGCCCCACUCUCUCCACGGCUUUCAAUUAGAAGUGCAAGUGAAGUUCGUGGACGCAGACUCUCCGACGUACGCGAAGAACAAACACUGCGAGUUCUGGCUUCAAGGUAGCGGCGGAGGAGUGCUGGCUUCGCCUAGACACUCGUUGCCUAGAAACAGCACCUGUUUGUACCAUCUUCGCGGUGCAGGACAAACGUUACCGAGUCCGACACCGCCUCGUCCUUUGCCAAAGUUUCCGGAACAGAGGCCAGGAACUGUAUGGAGGAGGCCAGCACCGCGGCCUGUACAGCCACAGUUUCGCGUGUGGCUGUCGAUCCUCAAGUUUCACGUGGGUACCAGCUUGUCCACCGGCGGCGACGAAGACUGUUCUACCACCCUGAUAGUAUGGGACGGCGAGAUGAUGCCGCUGUCCGAGUGCAACGACCUCCUCUGCGAAAAGGAGCAUCAGAGACACGCGGACAGAUCGGCAGAACCCGCUCAUCCACUCGCGGCCCGUCCGGCGGGCAACACCACGCUCCUGGCCCGUUACUGCAAGGACAUGGUACCAAGGACCUGCGAUCACGCGAUCCUUCAGAACACCAGUCGUCCGUGUUCUCUCGGGGAGAGCUUCGUUUCAAGGGGAAGUAGCCUGACCAUCGAGAUGAGGAUGGUCGAGUCGACGGCUCUCAGGCCGGUGAAUUUUCGAGCACUCUACGAGUUCGUCGAUCUUCAUCAAGACGGUGAUCCUUACGGAAGCGGUCCUUGUUCGAGGAUCUUCUACAGCCGCAAUCGGGAUCAUUAUCCUGAUCGCCGAUUCCAAGCGCCUCGCGACAUCUUCCUUUAUGGCCGUGGCGGGGCGAGAAAUAUGAGCUGCGUGUACCGAUUCGAGGGUGAACACGACGAAAUCGUGAAGCUGAGGUUCAACAAACUGCUGAAUGGGAAUCGAACUUGUCGCAGCGUCUCCAGUUCGGACUUUAAUCGAUUGUUAUGCGUCGGUUCCGAUCAUUUCUCCGUAAAGGUGCUCGAUCUUCCAUGGCCGAACGCUCCUCCCGUUCAAAGGGAUUGUCUUUGCUCGAAUCGUUCGCUGCCCAUGAACGUUAAAUCAACGUCGAACAUCGUCGAGGUGCAUUUCACGGUCCUCUCGAUGGACGCGUUGGACGAUUACAAUAAUCUGUUUUUCGAGGGUAUCUGGGAUUUUGUGAAGACCAAUCCUUGUUUGCAGAAACGGAGGAUGAGAGGACCAUCCGGGGAGAUCAAGUAUAAAUCGCCGAUCACCGAUGAGGAUGAGAAAAAUUGCGAGAAACAUCCAUGGUUGAUCGAUCCAGGACCGAAUCAGUACCUCUACGUGAAGAUGCACGGCACGAUAAUGUCGAACAGCAGCAAGUGCUCGACGAAGAACCGCAUCGUGGUGCACACAGGUGGUGCAAUCCACGUGUCCGUGUGUCCGAAACCGCCGAUAGAAUCGAGGCACCACGUGGUGGAGGUGUUCAGCGACGGCUGGGCCGUCAGCAGUAACGCGAUGAUCCUUGCACCGAGUCAGGACCCCAUCAGGACCGUCGUUGUGGAGUUUCUCGUGAAGGAACCAGACACGUAUACAGUCACCUGGCUCGAGCUCACCAGAAGGCCGUCGGUGACAUCGACGGCAGGCCUGCAAAUGCCUCGAGAUUGCGACCAACGGUGUCCAGAGUUGGACGCUUGCAUAAACGCGUCCCUCUGGUGCGACGGAAUCUCCCACUGUCCAUCAGGUUACGACGAGGCCUUGACCCAUUGCUCGAUGCUGCUGCAACUGCCACCUCUGCAUCUGGCUCUCGGUCUACUCGCUAUCGUCACGAUCCUAGGCGUGAUCUGCUUCGUGAUCUGGCGCAUCUGCAGGCAACGGGCGAGUCGCUCGAUAUCGCAGCACAGGCUGAAGAGCAUCAGCUCAGCGACGGCCAUCAUCGACGGGAAGGAAGUGAUUUGCUGACACAGCGACAGUUCUGUGCGUUACGUCGAGGUCGACCGAGUGACCACCGUGUGACGAUCACCUUUGGUCACCUUCGUUCGUCGUCGCGGCUGCCCGAUCUGCCUGGUGUCCUCCUGAACGGCACACCUCCGCGACCACAUCCGCCUUUACGUAACGCGCAGAACUGUUCCUCUGUAAGGAUGCUUCGCUCGACGUAUAGAUUAGAUUCUAAUCGAUUCUGCCGACUCUCCGCUCGACGACUCGGAUCACCCUAUCGUUUCUUCGCCCUCGUUCGAGAAUCGAACGAUUUCCAGAUACUCGUUUGGCUCAUCCGACGCAUCCGUCACCUCCCAAUAAGCGCAACUGGGAAUCGAAUUGUUUUAACGAGGACAAUAAGUAAAGAGAAAAAAUCCUAGAAAAAUAUCCUUUCGCUCGCGCUGGUAGUAUAACUUAGCGGCAACUGAUUCUUCAUGAAGUAUACCGUUAGAAUUAAAUAAAAUCCGAAACGUCGAACGGAGAAACGAGCAGGAAGCUGUUCUUAGUAGUCGUUCGAUCGGCCGUCGAGAUGCCGAUCGACGUGACGGCGAAGGCACGAUUUUAAGUUCGCUCUUCUCAACAUCGCUCUCUCCUCUUCACUUCCGGUGAACCACGCGAGAUCUUCUGUAAAAAAUAAUCGAUCGAAAUCGGACCGUCGUUCCGAUGAAUCGAGGCGUUUCGUUUCGAACCGGAGAUGAUCAAGAUUGUUAGGGAAUUUUCCAUCUUCGUGUCCAUUUUCCUUCGUAUAGAUAUAGAUUAUGAGGAGAAUGGACAUGGAACCACGAGAAAUCUUCGAGCAGCCUGAAUCAUCUUUCUCUUAAUUGAAAAAAAAAGAAAAAAAAAGAUAUACUAGAGAUACUUGACCAAAUGUUUCAAGCGAUUAUCGUUUUAGGGGACUUAAUGAUAAUUACACUAGCGGAUAAGUCUUCGACGGAAGAAGGAAAGGUAGAAUCUAUGGUAGCCUGAGAUUAUGUGAUACAAUAUACGAAAUGCUGUUUUCCUCGGAGCUGUGCUCCGUUUAAUAAUUGUUACACCCGGCUAGGGUGGUCGAAUCGGCAUUACGAUUCAGGGUGUUCAGAGUCGACACCGGACGACUCGUACACCAUGUUCAUACUUGUACAUAAUUAUUUAUCUAUUUGUAUCGGAUGAUAAUGCCGUUUUAGCACGCGUCUCCGUUCUUACGAUCACGUGUUUUAAGCUCAAACUCGCAAACAUGGUCAUUCAUAUUCCGUAAAUUCGAUCUCAACGAUUGUAUCGGUCGUUUCGGUAAUUAUUUCAAUUACACUAAAUAAUUGAAAAUAGUAAUCUAAAUAAUUACCGUCGU